UGCAAGCAUUUAAGCAGAAGCAUUAAAAAACAGCAUGACAAAAUACAACAUAAAAAUCAUAGCCGCCCCUCACAGGAGACUGCAAGCCGCCUUCCGGCACGCCCCGCCGCGCUGCUGACGUGGGGCAGGGCGGCAGUGGCGGCAGCCAUGGCGGCGGCCGUGGUUCCGCAGACGGACAGCAUUCGCAGGGCCGUGCUGCUGCUCAACGCUGUGGACUCGGGUCGUUUCCCGCGCCUGCUGUCCCGCCUGCUGCAGAGGUUGCAUCUGAAGGCUGAAACCAGCUUCAGUGAAGAGGAAGAAGAAAAACUUCAAAUAGCUUUUUCACUGGAAAAGCAAGAUCUUCAUCUAGUUCUUGAAGCCAUAUCAUUUAUUUUGGAACAGGCUGUUUAUCAUAAUUUGAAGCCUGCUUCACUGCAACAGCAGCUGCAGAGCAUUCACCUGGACCAAGACAAAGCUGAGGCAUUUGCUAGUGCAUGGGCAGCUGCAGGUCAAGAGACAAUUGAAAAGUUCAGACAGAGGAUUUUGACCCCUCAGAAGCUUGAAACAAUUGGUUGGCAGCUUAAUCUUCAAAUGUCUGCAUCCAUGCAAGCAAAGCUGAAAUCUCCUCAAGCUGUGCUGGAGCUGGGUGUGAGCAAUGAAGAUUCAAAGAUGCUGUGUAAGAACUGCAUGAGAUCUGAAUAUGAGGUGCUUGGGCAUGCCUAUUACUAUGAUGCACAUUCAUAGUCUAAAUGGAGUAAUGUAAGUAUCAUGCCUGAUACUGCCUGGUUAUUACUGAGCAAGGCCAUUGCUACAGUGUUGUGGAUUUUUGGCUGUGGAUCUUUCAUAGCAUAUGGCUUUUCACAGUGUUGUACUCUUCCUUAAGAAAUGUGCAACUUUUGGGCAGGACAGACAGUAUUUGGGAUUUCACUGUUGCUGUGUUUGGAAAUAACAGCUGUUCUGCUAGAUUAGUGUCUGUAGGUCCAUUUGAAUAUUGCACAUUUAGUAUUUAGAUUAGAUUGGUAGGAUUUAGCUAUGAAAUGGAUAGCAGUAGAGCUACGCUACUGUUUGGUGAUUAGUGGUGAAAAAACAUAGCAAGUUGAAGGAAACUUGCUCUUUUUGGGAGUUACUUUCAAGCAACCCUUUUAAUUCAAAUAGGAGCCUUAUUUUUAAUAUGCAUUAACUUUUUAGACUGAUAUUGGUAAAAUGCAGUUUUUGUGUUUGUGAUUAAUGCCACAUUACGUUACAAAGUUAUGUUUCCGUAUGGUUGAAACAAUUGUGUAGGUUGAUCAGGAUUCUAGGACCUUGCUUAUAUUAAGUAGCAUGGUUAGAGUGGUUUUCUAGUUGAUUUAGUUAGCUCUAAACCACAGCAUGGAACAGAUGUUAGUUUAUUAUCAGCUUGCUGUGGAGAUAACAGUGUGAGGAUGGAGGAAAUAAAGAACUGGCAUACUGGUAAAUUACGUAGCACAGUGUGAGCUAUAAAGUUGCUGUUUGGUGUUGCUGUAUUGCAAUGUAUUGCAGAUGUUAAAAAUAUUCUAGCUCUUUUCUUAAGGCUGACAAAAACUGCUUUUACACAUUUAAGUACACUGGUGGUUAUGUCAGAACACAUCAAUGCUUUAGCUUUGGGGAGAGUCCCUGAGCUGAGAAGUACAUCAGAGUGAAGAGGUUUUUAUAGGAAAGUGCCUGCACAUAGACUUCUGCUUCUGCAUAAGAAAAGAGAAAAUGUAAAAGGAAUGGCAGUCGUAAAGGUGGUAUCUCAGCUGGAAUAUUGAUAAGGAAAAGUCUGUAGAAAGGGGGACUGCCAGGAUCUUCUGUCCUGCAGCAACGGUGCCCAUUUUCUAUAGAUAGGAAUACUAUGAAAUACCAUACAGAAAUGUGUCUUGUUUCUGUCUGGUUUCUUAACCUGGUGAAAACGUUUCCAGGGUUUUGUUAAUCUGAUGAUGUAGCUCCAGUUUCUAACUGUGCUUCUGAACAUCCAUUUUGUGUGUCUAUAGCUUUAGCUUCUUCCUUCCUCUAUCCUACAUCCUUGAUUUAUUUAUAGAGAGCACUCUCAUUACCUCCCAGCCUACUUUUUACCAAGCUAAUUUAGGCAGUCUCUGUUAGCAUUCUCUUUGUACUAACUCCUCUUUGCUUCCCUGGUCGUUCUAGUAGCUUAUCCCUGCAUAUGCUUCAAUCUGAAUUCUUUCUUUUUUUUUUUUUUUAUUUGAAGAGAGAUGACCAGUGAAGUUCACAGAAUUCCAGUUUAGAUUUUACCUGUUCCUUGUAAAAUGGCUUUAAUGUGUUUUUCGUUUCAUUUCUGCUGAAAAUGCCUCCCUUGAUACAGCCACAGAUUGCAGCAUCCUUUUUCACACUGCAUUUAUCUGAUUCUUUGUAUUCAUUGAUUAAUACAUCCAAGUUAUACUCCUCCUUUGUUAUUUCCAGCUGAUGGAAAUUCUUGCUGUUUCUUGCUGUUUCCAGAGUGCCUGACCUUGACUUUGUGCGAUCGCAUUUUGUCGCUGCUAUCACUUUAGUAUUUCAAGGCAAUUCAGUGCUUGCAACGUUCUUCUUCUGCCUUGAUAGAGGUACCAGUUUUGCUUUUAACCAGCAUCCAGUUUCAUUACUGCGAUCCAGUUUUAUGUUCUGUUUUUGUUAUGUGAUUAGUUCUCGGAAUGGUUUGUGAGUAUGCCUUUUCUUAAUCUCAUUCCAGCCUGAUAAUUUCAUUCCACACUGUAAGCUCACCUAGUAAGGCUCUCUCUGUAUUUUGCAGUAGACUUGCUCCUUUCAGUCUUAAUUACUAGUGUCCAUGCAGUUUGGUAUAGUAGGACUUACAGAAGUCCCUAUUUUUAAGGUGUUCAUUUCCAUGAUCUAAAACUUUAGCUUACCUCUACAGUAUAAGUUAGCCUGGACUAACUAAAUCCAGCCUAUUUUUGGUAUGUAGGAUCUGUCCAUUAGAACAACAAAUGACUUGAUGUGAAUGCCUAAUGAAGAAAAUGAAGUUCUUCAGUGUCAAAGGAACUGUUCACAGCUGUUUCUCUGUGUUUCUCUUGAACUUGUCUGAAUGUAAAAUGUGUGUGCUCAUAAGUGCAAGCUUACUGUCUAGGCCUGCUUUUAAAAAAUGCAUUGGGCAUGUAAUUGGGAACCCCAGUGAUACUUCAUUUAUGGAUUCUAAAAAUAAACUAAGAACUACACUGAGUUCUGUUUGGUGCUUGCUGCAUGCUGUGAGAAAAAGGUAAAGGAUUUUGCAAAGUUUUUAUGAGAUGCUAAGUUUUCCUCUGUAUGAUGAAAAAGAAUUUCAAAGAGAGUAGAAAAAAUUCCAGUUCUGCUUUCCUAAUAGGCCAGUCUUGGGAUUACAGAGUAUCUUAAUGAGGUAUACUGGAACCUGCUUUUCUUGCGCAGAAACAUAUCCUACAGAGCUGCUGGAAAAAGUCUACAGUGACGUGCAGUGACUUCCUUACCAAACAUGAUUGUUAGUCAUAGAUCCUGUCUGCGUCAAUCUCGCUAGCCUUCAUCUUGAUAGUACCUGACUGCCUCCUUUAUAUUUAAAAAUAGAAACGACAGCCUCUCCCUCAGUGUUUUUAGCUCAAUUAGUUGGGAGCUGCAAGUGUGCAGCACUCUAGGGAGCAGCUAAAUGCAGGGCUUGUGGCUCUGCUGUUGUGAGGGUCUAUUGUUCUUUGCCCAGGAGCCAGUGCUGCUGUGUGAAGGCCUGGUUGCCGAGCCCUGCUGGCACAAAGCAGCAUCCCGCCACGACCUGGUGCAGGCAGCCCCAGGGCAGGGACAGCAUGCUGAUAGCAGCCUGGAGCUCAGAAUGCAGCAUCCCCCAGAACAGUGCUCUGUCUAGGUGACAGGCUCAAUUGUGUGCAAGCUAGGUUUCUGUAAAUGUUUUUGUUAACAUUUGCUUUUCACCAUAAUGAUUUCAGUAAGUCGUGGUGCAGAUCAGAAAUACGUUAUGGGGUAUCUUUUUUCCCAGUUGCAGUUAAGGAUGUGAGUGAAAGCGUGCUGAUUACACAUAGCUAUAAAUAAUUUUCUUCUGUUUCUUAGUGUUCAGUGACACCGCUGAAAAUGAGUGAUGCUCUGCAGCAGGGAAGAAUAAAUACUUUAUUUGCUUUGAAGAAUAUAGAUGCAUCUAUGAAACGCUCAUUGCAGUGAUUACUUGACAGAAACUAAUGGAAUAGAAGUUGUGCCAAAUAAAAAGACUCCAGUUUUGUUAGAACUGAAUUUUAUGCAGAGGGAAAAGAUGUAGAAAUUCUUAGGAUCAUGCAGAUAUCUUUUCCCUCUAUAGGCUAUAUCGAUCCUAUCCAGAGUAAACAAAGAAUGUGCUCUGUUCUUUCUCAGUAUUCCUAAUUCUUAUUUUUUAGCGCUGGAAAUAAAGCUUACUGUUACUCUCUGCUCAAACUUAUUGCUUCUUCAUUUGAUGUAAUUAAUUUUUUAAUGAUAUAUUUUUAUUGGAGAAGAUUGCUGUGAUUCAGCAUAAGAAUGCUAGUGACUUAUAAUCUAAUAGAAGAAACAAACUGCUGAUAAAGUUGCACAUAACCCUCAUUAAUAUUCUGAAAUGAAAGGUAAUGCAAGGUUAUGUAUUUUUUUAAUAACAAAAGCUAUUUUAAAAGUUAUAUUUUAAUCUUGAUACCAUCAGGGGGUGCAAAUGCAAUUAUGCAGAGCUUAAGGACUUUGGGGAACUUUGCUUUUAGGGGGAAGUGUUUAAAAACAACAAUUCUGAGAGAGAAAUUGAAAAAAUGUACAUAGUGUGUAUACACACACAUAUAUAUGUAUACAUGUAUGUAUACAAUCUAUUUCUGUUCCCCAUACUCCACCAAUUAUUCAUUUUUCUUGUCACAUCAGAAGGUCUCUAAGUAGCUGUGUAGUAUGGCACUUCAGUAUUGAGAAUUCUUCUACUCAGGGCAGAGUGCAAUGCUUCAGUGCAGCAUUAGCAAUUACGAAAUGCAAUCCAAAGAGAGAGAAGAUGAAAGAAAUGAACUUGUAAAUUUUCUCAUGGGAGACAUGGCCCAGAGCACAAUGGGGAAGGCAUUACAGUGAUGCCAAAUAAACUUCUGGGAUAUUCAAGCUCAAUUUAACCUUCAAUUGUAAUGCUUCUUUUGUGAAAGCACUCCCAGGAGUAGCAGGGAGUGAGCCAGGCCAGCCAUAUCUUCAGAUAAGUUUGUUUUAGCCACUGCAAUUGAAUGCCAAUAGAUGAAUUUGGGAAUCUGCUCAACUUGAAAUUUAAUUUAAUAAAAAAAACAGAGAACUAUAAUAUGGCUUAGGCUGAAAGUACUGGUUUUGAUAAACUUGUUAUGCCGCACCUUAAUGACCUCCUCCAAGCAGAGGUCAUUAUGCCUUUGUGUAUGUAGGUUUCAGAUUGAGAAAGGCAUUUGAGUAAUAGGGUGAUCCUGCAUUGCAGAGAUACUCCUGUGCUGAACAGAACUCAAGGUAAAAAGUGGAAUUCUUAUUAAUGAGUUGUCACUGUAUUUUGUAGGCACAGUCAGAUAUUUUUUGGGUGUUUCAAAUGUGCUGGGAGUUGGUGCACAAGUAUGUAAAUGUGAGGUUGCUCUUUUUUCCUUCCCCCUUAUGGGUGUGAAAUUUGAUAUGUCUUGGCUUUGCCUUUUUUAAGACGGGGGUGACACUAGACUUAAGCACCCCAAGAUCUCUUAAAUUAAUUUUAAAAGAUCAAUUUCCUCUUUGUUGUGAUGUGCUUGAAGGUGAUUAUUUUUUAUUGUUAUUUAUUUAUGCUUGGACAAGGAAAGCUUAAUUCACCUCGUUUGCCAGUUACCGUUAUUUACAGUAAAAAACAGAGCUAACUCAUUAUCUCUUUUUAAUACAGUAACAUCUGGCAAAUGUCAUCUAGAUUGUAAGAUGAAACUCAGAAGAAUCGCUAGAGGUUUUGGGUACUGUGAUCUUGGCUGCACCUUUGAGGGACCAUGUUGGCAUCAGAUGGAUCCCCUCCUGACCAGAAGGGGAAAGAACAUACAAAGCAGCAGGCUGUCUGGAUUCAAUAUCAGAGCUUUAAACUAGAUUUGAUGGGGGAAGGAGGUGUACCACUGAGUGACAGAGAAAAGCCACUUCAGGAAGCGGUGGGGGAAAACCUCAGAUUUUUCCCAGGGAAUUUUGGGAGGGCUCCUCUUGGAAGUCAUGAAUAGGUUGAGAGCUUGUACAUUUCUACAGGGAUAUUGCUCAGAUGUCAUCUGCCUGAGCUUGAGUAUGGUCUUUGGCAUGAUAUCACACCACAUCUUCAUCUCUGUAUUUGAGAGACAGGGAUGUGAAGACAGGACUGUACAGUGGAUAAUGAAGUAUUUGGAUGGUUGCAACCAGAAUGUUGUGGUUCAUGGUUCUAUGUCCAGGUGGAGGCCUGUGACAAGUUGUAUCCCCCAGUCAGUCUCGGGACUGGUACUUACCAGCAUCUUUAUCAAUGACCUAGACAGUGAGAUUCAGUGCACUCCCAGCAAGUUUGCAGAUCGUACCAAACUGAGUGAUGCUUUUGACAGAAAAGACAAAAACCUGUGUCAUCAUCAGAGGGGCCUUGACAGUCUCAAAAAGUGGGACCACAAGAACCAAGAAGGCCAAGUGCGAGGUGUUGCUCUUGGGUUGGGGCAAUCCCAGGUAUGUUUACAGACUAGGAGAAGAAAUCCUUGAGAGCAGCUCUGCAGAAAGGGAUUUGGGUUUCUGGUGGAUGAAAGACAAGAGACAGCAGUGUGUGCUUGCAGCUCAGAAGGCUGACUGUAUCCUUGUCUGCAACCAGAGAGGGGUGGCCAGCAGGGUGGGAGAGGUGAUUGUCCUUUCUGCUUUGCCCUUGUGAGGCUCAUCUGGUGUAUGGCAUCCACACUUGGGGUCUUCAGCACAAGAGGGAUGUGGAGCUGUUGCAUCAGGUCCUGAGGAGACCAUGAAGAUGAUCAAAGGGCUGAAGGGACCUUUCAUGAAGAAAGGUUGAGGGAGCUCAGCUUUUUUACUGCGGAGAAGAAAAGGUUCUGGGGAGAUUGCAUUGCAGCCUUACAGUACUUGAAGGGAGCUUGUAAGCAUGAGGGAGACUCACGUUUUAUGUAGGGAGAUAUGACAGGAGAAAGGGCAGUUGUUUUAAAGUAAAUGAGGGGAAAUUUAGGCUUGCUGUUUGGAAAAAAUUCUUUACUCCGAGGGCGGUGAGGCGCUGGCACAGCUGCCCAGAGAAGCUGAAGAUGCUUCAUCCCUGGAGAUGUUCAAGGCCAAGCUGGGUGAGGCCGUGGGCAGCCUUAUCUAAGGGGGGGCUGGAACUCAAGCUGUACUGUGAUUCUAUGAUGAUUCUCUGUGGAAAAUAAAAGAAGAUAUCUUGGAAGUUGUAUUUAGAAAAAAAAAAAAGAGAGUAAAAGAGUUAAAAAUGUGAGCGCGUAAAGGAAAGGCUGUGUCAUUAGUAAGCUGGAAAUGGAUGUGACACUGCUACAAGACCUUUUAUUUCUACUCAAACCCCAUACUCUUAGGAAGAAUUCGACUCAAUAGGUAGCUUGCAAAAUUUGGAAGCUUAUUUUGGAGUUUUAAUAAAUGUGAAAACUAUUUUUAUUCCCCUGAGAGCUUGGGAUUACAGAACACAAAUAACUUCCUAGACUUACUGUUAUUGGAAAGUUAUACUGUUAAAACUCAGAAGAGGAGGCCAACUGUGUUUUUACAUGAGUUAAAUUACUGUUAGAAAGCAUAUGUAAGUGCUGUCACUCUUUAUGUAGCUGGGGGAACUUACGUUUCUGUCUUGUGCUACACAGACUUAAGAACCUAACGUUUAAAAUAUUGACCAUCAUAACUGUAUUAAUAAAAAUCCACCCAAAAAAGCGUGUAAUUAAAUUUCAUUCCUUGUUUGACAGAUCUGUUAAUACAUAUCAGCCUUGGUCUUGCUUUCCAGUCGUCAUGCUUAGCUGAUAAUUCAUACAUUGUUUCCUUAAGUAUUUGACAAAGAGAAAUGCAUUUCAGUGUAAUUGCUGAAAUAUCCUGGUAGAGGCUUGUUCCUUACAGGUAGGUUACUGUAGUUACAUAGGUUUUAAAUUCAUCUAAGUUUUGUAUACUAUAAGUUCAAUAUGCAGAUAGAAAGUACUUACACAAAAAGAGUUAAUAAAAGUCAGUCUAGCAGCAGUGUAUUAAUUUUUUUUUAUAUGUAUUAUAGGUGUAUUUUGUGUAUGCAUUCUGGGUUGACCAUAUGGUUCAAGUUUUCAUUAGUUCUUAAGGUAUUUAAACACUUGGCACUUGUAGACACUGUUAAACAUUCCUAUAUAAACAUCCUGCUUGUAAAGGCUGACAGAAGAAAAGACUGUCUUCCAGGUUGCUCGCUAAAUUAUUGAAAUUCCUCUAGUUAUACGUUUCUUACUGGUUCUGAAAUGUGCUGUAACAUUAGUGUCAUGAUUACUGUCUGCCAUUCAAUUGCUGCUACUAUCAGUGAUGUAAUUUCAUCUUUCUGCCACAGAAUUAGAUGCAACUGCUUAUUUUAAUUGACUUCAUCGCUUGAUGUUGCUGGAAAGAACUCCAAGUCUGAUUACAGGGAAGUAACCACUUUUUAAGGUUUUAUUUUAAUUAAUCAAUUUCAAAGUUUGUAUGUUACUUGAGGAAGAAUUACACAGUGUCAACUUGCACCCUUAGCAAAUUUGCAGAUGAUGCCGAACUGUGUGGUGUGGUUGAUGUUCCUGAAGGACAGGCUGCUGUCCAGAGAGAUAGCAACUGGCUUGACUGGUGGGCCCAGGUGAACCUCAUGAGAACUCAAGAACCAAGGUCAUGGCAGUCUCUGCUAUCAGUGCAAGCUGGUGAAUGUAAUGGUGGAGAACACCACUGCCAAAAAGGACUUUGAGGUAUUGGUGGAUGGCAAGCUGGAUAUGAGCCAGGAGUGUACCCUCACAGCCCAGAAAGCCAACCGUACCAUGGGCUGCAUUAAAAACAGUGGCCAGGGGGUCAGGGAGGUGAUUCUUUCCCUCUGCAGUGUGCUGGUGAGACCUCACCUGGAGCACUGCAUCCAGAUGUGGAGUCCUCAGUACAGGAGAGACACGGACCUG